AUUAUUAAAAUCUUGACCUGAAAUAAAUUGUGACAGUCCACCAUAUCAGACUAUGACUAUAAUAAAAAAAAUAUGAAAUAAAAAAAAUCUAAAUAAAAUACACAUUUUACGAUAAUUUAAAAAAAAAAAAACAGAAUUAAAUCAUUUCUUAAAUUUGAUUGAAGUUGGCCCCCAGCUGACGUGUCUUUUAUUUUGAAGAGUAGAGUGUCGGCCGUGGCCUCUGCUGUUCCUGGGUAGUUGCUGUGAGCUUCGCCGUUGCUCGAGUUGACACAAGGGCGGUUUGUGUGCUUUUAGAGCGGACCGGUUUCACAGGAGCACGAUGACAGAGUGAUAAAGCGAUUCCUCCUUCUCCCCGGCUCUCUGUCAUCAUUUAUGCUGAGAGCCACAUGCAGCAGCAGCAGCAACAACAGCGCUUGUCGCCAGGUCUCUAUUCACAUCACUAACGCUAGCAGGCUAGCUAUUGUACUGGGGUUCAACCCGAAAUGGCGCCCUGUCCGAAAUGUAGUUCACUACUUAGUCUUCAAAAGGUUUAGAGGGAGGCGAUGAAAUGGAGGGUGUGAAGGAGAGGCAGGUUGGACUUUCUCGGCCUCACAGGCUCAGCGAGACGUCAAAGGUGUAUCGAUGGGCUGACCAAGCCAUUUACCUCCUGCAGGGUUUGAAUGAGCAGCGAGAAUGUGGGCAGUUGUGUGACGUGGUGUUGGUGGCGAACAGCCAGCGGGUUCAUGCUCAUCGUGCCCUGCUGGCCGUCUCCAGCCCGUACUUCCAGGCCAUGUUCACGCUUGGGAUGAGAGAAGAGCGCCAAGCCGAGGUGGAGCUUGUAGGUGCCUCGUAUGUGGGGGUUAAGGCAGUCGUGGACUUCCUCUACAGUGGCGAGUUGCCUCUUGAUGGUGGAAACAUCGACUACGUCCUGGAGACGGCUCACCUGCUGCAGGUCUGGCAGGCUGUCGAUUUCUGUUGCCAGUAUUUGGAGAAAGAGGUGAACGAGGACAACUAUCUGUACUUGCAGGAACUGGCGAUGCUUUACAGCUUGGAACGUCUGGACGCCUUCAUCGACCGCUUUGUCCUGGAGCGGUUCUCUACCCUCUCCUGCACGCCCAAGUUCUUGAAAGAUGUGGGACUCUCCAAACUCUGUUCCUAUUUAGCCAGCGAAGAUGUACAGCAUGAGAGUGAGCAGUCCCUCCUCCAGGCAGCCCUCCAAUGGCUCAACCAGAAGCCCGAGCGCUUACCGUUCGCCCACCAGCUCCUGCGUCAUGUCCGCUUGGCCCUGAUCUCACCUGGGGAGCUAGCGGAGCACGUCCUGCCUGCUGUACGCUCUUUGUUGCCCCCGGAUUCAGGCUGCCAAGCGCUGGUGGAGGAAGCGCUAAGCUACCACGCUCACGUCAGUGCCCAGCCUGUACUACAGAUGGCGCAGUCAGCGCUGAGAGGAGGAGUGGAGCGCCUGCUGCUGGUUGGAGGAGAGGUGUACGAGCGUGGUGAAGAGCUGAGCACUGACGUGAGCUGGCUAGAUAAAGAAGCAGGAGUGUGGGUGGUAGAGACACAACUACCCGCUCAGAGGAGCCACCACUGCGUGGCGGUGCUUGGGGGAUUCAUCUUUAUCGCCGGAGGAAGCUCGUCACGCGAUAACGGGGGAGACGCAGCAAGCAACAUACUCUACCGAUAUGAUCCACGUAACAACAUGUGGUCCAAGGGCGCCAGUAUGAACCAGAGGCGAGUGGAUUUCUAUCUCGGAACCAUGGGGGACUGCGUGAUUGCUGUUGGGGGACGCAAUGAAAGCGGUGCACUAUCAUCAGUCGAGGUCUAUCACCCUGUGGAGGACUACUGGACCUAUGUAGCAGGGCUGCCGAGGUUAACAUACGGACAUGCAGGCACAACACACAAAGGUGUAGUGUACAUCUCAGGAGGCCACGACUAUCAGAUCGGACCUUACCGACGUGACAUGCUCAGUUAUGACCCGAGCGCGGGCGACACAUGGGCGGAGCGGCAGGCCAUGACCCUAGCUCGAGGAUGGCACUGCAUGGCGUCGCUGCAUGACCAAAUCUAUGUCAUCGGUGGCAGUGAUGACCACGAGGACAGCAUGGAGCGAUUCGAUGUGUUAGAAGUAGAGGCAUUCGAUCCUCACACGGAGCAGUGGAGCAGGGUCGCCCCGUUGCGCUACCCAAACAGCGAAGCAGCCGUUGCCGUAUGGGACGGCAAGAUUUACGUAAUGGGAGGCUACACCUGGGAGCACAUGGACUUCUCAGAAAACACUCAGGUGUUCGUUCCGGAAAAGGGCCAGUGGGUGAUAGGACCCAACCUGCCCAGGUACAUUGCCGGAGCCUCAGCGUGUGUGUGCACAGUCAGAGCUCGGCAGGCCUGCAGCACUGAGCAGAACAGGACAGGAGUGAAGGAAAAAGACAAACAAAACACGAGCCAAGGACAAGACAGAUGACUGGAUGCAUAUAGUUUGCCCUGACGGGGCAGUUAUUCUCCUUUCAUGCAGGUGACGGCAUCAGGGAUACAUGCCCUUAUGAGAUACCAGUAUUUGUAGGCUGCUUAUGGAAGACACGAGUUGAGCAGAUUGAGAUGGUCUGAUGUUAGAGGUGCUUAUUCAGUGUAGGAACAACCUGCAUUGUCACUCAAUCUUGUGCUGAAGCGACGUGCUCCAUCGCUGGAUCACGUGAAAUGUUUGCGUUUGCAUUUCUCUAUAAUUACAUGGAUUAACACGAGCAAUCAUUUUCAGUAUUAGAUAAGAACAUUCAAUAUGUGGCAUCUUGUUUAAAAAAAAAAAAGAAAAAAGUUUUAAUUCUC